AUGAUAUCAGGAGUCUGGUGCUUGUUCGAGUUCCUCCUCUCCAAGCAACUCGAGUUGGAGCUUGUGUUUGCAACCGAUGUUGGUGUCAUAGGAGACGAUGGCUGCACAUCCUUCGACAUUGCGCUGGAGCUUGGCAAGAAGAUCGAGUCUUUGCAAGUCGCGAAUUGCGAUGCUUCAAGUGAUGGGGACAGGACACGUAUCUUCGAUUUCAUCGUGUCGUCGUUGGGCAGCCUAGAGAGCAUGGAUGAACAAAUCAGAGACCUCAUGGGACAGAUGCUGGAGAAAAACCUCGCGAACGUGGGCUUCGCCACAAGCAGUCUUUUACAAAGGUUGGGCCAAAAUGCCAGGUCUGCAAGCGCAUCUGAAACGGUAUCUUUUUGA